AUCCCUUCUCAUUGGGUGGGAUUCUGGUCGUUCCUCCUUUACCACAUAAAAAGAAAAGGAACUAUACCAUAGGAGUCAUCGCUUAUAUUAUAAAAGCAGAAAGAUCCUUGCAGCAAGACGGUUUCCAGUAUUUAGGUUGUUGAAAGGGAAGCUUUUGUGGUACCAGCAGCUAUACUUUCCCCAAAGUGCCAUGAAGAUCUGGCUGAUCUGUUUUGCUCCAUUUCUCCUAUACUUCCAAAGUGGUAAGUUAUUUGUCAAGAGACGGGGAGGGGGGGAGAGUACAUGGGGAAAUGGAUGUUAAGUUAUUUGUUGUGGGAGGAAUUCAACAUACCUUAUUUUUCGCUCCAUAAGAUGCACCUAGUUUUUAGAGGGGGAAUGCAAGAAAAAAAAUUCUUUAAAGAGAGCGCUGUAUGCCUCCCAGGCUCUGCUCAGCUCUCCCUUUCACGAGCCACGAGGAGCGCCGCACUUGAGGGCUUUUCUGGGAGGUGGGGGGAGGGACAGAACUGUGUGCUCUGUCCCUUCCCCCACCUCCGGCAAAAGCCAGAGAUAGCCCCGCGAAGCCUCCGCAGGGCACAGGGAUGAAGGCUCCCUGUGCCCUGCGGAGGCUUUGCGUGGCUAAGCCAGAAGCUAGAAGUUGUUCUGGCUUUGGGAUAGCCGCUCAGCCUGCAUUCGCUCCAUAAGACGCACACACAUUUCCCCUUACUUUUUAGGAGGGGAAAAGUGCGUCUUAUAGAGCGAAAAAUACGGUAAUGCUUUUCCAAAUGUUCUAUCAGUGCAAGCAUGUCUGCUCAAUUGAUGAAGUCAUCUUGCCUCUCAUCUUCCCCAUGUGCUGUUCUGAGGGAUUUCCCUGACUCCCUCCAGAGCCAAUGGCACAGGGGUAGGAGAUGGGUGAAAGUCCUGCUGCACUGGCAGAAAUCAUUGUAUGGGUUUCCACAAGCAGGACCCAAAGCCAGUGUUGGAUUACCAAAUAGGCAGAGUAGGCAUCAUGCCUUUUAGGGGCCCCACAACAAUGGAUCAUAAUUGGUUUAUUAAAAUUGUUGAUUGGUAAAAUAAAAAAUGUAUUAAGAGAUAAUUUGUGAGGGGAGCCCUGAGAUUUCGACUGCCUAGGGACCUCUGCAGGGUUUUAUCCAGCACUGCCCCAGACAGCUGCUUUUGUAGCCAUGUGCAGUUACUUCUAAGUGGUCAAUCCAUGGGAUUCCUGUGGAUUCCUGACAAAUCCUUCACUCAGGCAGUGGGUUGGUAGGCAUAUGGAUCUGCCAUCAGGUUCCUCCCUCAGUAAGUGUGCUGGGAUCUAAGUGCACACAGCAAUUUUUGUCAUCAAUGUAUGCAUAAUCUAAUGCAUCAUUGCAGGUUCUGGAGAAGGAUGUGGUCGGCCUCCUCCUAUUGAAAAUGGAGAUAUUAUCAACACACCCCUGAUACAAUAUGCAUCGGGUGCAACAGUGGAAUACAGAUGCCAACGCCUUUAUGUAAUGAAAGGCUCUUCAGUGGUGAGUUGCAACAACGGCAAUUGGAUGGAAGCACCAGUAUGCCUAGGUAUGAAGGAAGUCUAUAACCUUUUAUAUUCUUGUUCUGUUGAACGAUACACCUAGAAAAGUGUACAUGUUAAGUUUGUAACAGCAUCCUGAUGUUGGGUUGAUCCUAAAGCAGGCUCCCUCAACCUGGUGCAUUCUAGAUUUUGUUUGACUUCUGCUCUAAUUAUCCCCAGCCAGCAUGGCCAGUGGUCAAGGGAAGAUGGUAGUUGUCACCCAACAACAUCUGGAUGUUUUAGAGUGAACUUUAUUGCUACAAACUGGUAUCGCAGCCACCUCAUUGGUGGUCCUCCUAUUUGGCAGGGUGAGCCAAGGUAUUUUUCCAACAGACUUUCUGCUCUUGUUUCAGCAGCUCAACCGAUUAUAAGUAUCUCAAGAAUGUCCCACAAACAGUACCUUUCAGGCAAAGCAGCUGGAAUGUUUUUGAACAUUAUAAACUAUCAACUAUUUAACCAAUGGCAUUGUGGAAGAGGGAGACUCAUCAAGCCUUCUGAUUCAUAUAUAUGUGGUUACACUUUCUAAUAAAUGUGCAAAGUCAGUAUUUUAGGAACAAUCCUAUUCACCAAUUUUGGAGGCCAUGUUGAACUUAGUGCUUAGAGCAUAGAUAGCAAGUUGCCUUCCUUCUAUAGGCAAGAAAGUCCACAUGUUGGUCUAAUUCUUGCUUUCUUUCUUUUUUUGCAAGUAAAUUUUUAUUCAGAAUUUGUAUAAAGAAAAGAAAAAAAAACUAACAAAUACAAAAAUAAACAUUUUAACAUAAAUUAUUCAUCCUAUUUUCAUACUAUACAAAAAGAAAGCAUACGUUCAUACAAAAAUAAUAAUAUAACCAUUAGGCUCUCCUUAGCCUUUGACUUCCCUUCACCCUUUUGGUAAGUAUCAAAUAAGUCCCGGGUUGCGUAAUUAGUUUAUUAACGUUUAUAGUUAUUAGCUGAUAAAGUUUUUCUAAUACCGCCAGCUCCUCCUAUAUAUCCGUUCCAAUAUAUUUCCAAAACUUACUCCAAUUUUUUGAAAUUUCUGGUCGUCUUGGUCUCGUAUUCUGCCUGUUAAUCUAUCUAGCUCGGCAUAGUUGAUCAUUUUGACCUGCCAGUCACUUAUGUUAGGAAUAGUUUCUAUUUUCCAGUUUUGUGCCAGCAUAAUUCUUGCGGCUGUGGUGGCAUAGAGAAAUAUUUUUAUCUUCAUUUUUAUUUCCUUACCCAUUAUUCCCAGCAAAAAGGCCUCAGGUCUCUUGGGAAAAGUGUAUUUAAAAACUUUUUAAGUUCAUUAUAAAUUGCUUCCCAAAAACCUUCACCUUGCUGCAUUGCCACCACAUAUGGUAGAGGUCUCCCUCCCCUUCACCACAUUUCCAGCAUGUCUUAUUUUCUGAUCUAUAGAUUUUAGCCAAUUUUGCCGGCGUAAGAUACCAUCUAUAGAGCAUUUUCCAAACAUUUUCUCUCAAACUCGUACAGGCCGUAAAUUUAAUGUCUCUAUUCCACAAUUUCAACCACUUUUCAAACUCGAUGUUAUAACCGAAGUCAAUUGCCCAUUUAAUCAUUGCCUCUUUGACUUCCUCGUCUUUUGUAUGCCAUUCCAGUAAUAUGUCAUAUAAUUUAGACAAUGUUUUGUUUUUGCCUUCUAUUAUUUCUAUAUUGAAUUUUGAUUUCUUGUCCUCAAAGCCCAUUAUUCUUUUAUCUUGUUUUAACAUAUCAUUCACCUGAUGAUGUUGUAGCCAGCCGGUGAAUUGAUCCUUUAUUUCCUCAUACGGUUUAAGUUUAAGCCCUUGUUCUGAUUUUCUUAGCAAAUCUUCGUAGGUGGCUGUCUUCCCUUCCAUGUUGGUUUUUUUAUUGUUAAGACCUCUACUGGUGAAAUCCACCAUGGUGUUUUUCUUUCGAGAAGGUUCUUAUUUCUUUCCCAGACCUGAUAUAUUGGUCCCCUGAAAAUAUGGUUUAAGAAAGCCCUGUGGACUUUCACCUUCUCGUACCAGAGAUAUGCGUGCCACCCAUACCGGUUAUUGAAGCCUUCUAAAUCCAGUAGGUCUCUGUUCUCCAAUUUUAUCCAAUCUUUUAACCAAAGUAGGCACGCUGCUUCAUAAUAUAGGCUCAAAUCUGGGAGGGCAAAACCUCCUCUUUCCUUUUUAUCAAUUAGUAUUUUCAUUUUAAUCCUUGGUCUUUUCCCCUGCCAGAUGAAUUUCAUCAGGGUUCUCUGCCAUUCUUUACAUUGUUUUAGACCUUUAAUAACUGGAAGAGUUUGAAAUAAAAACAACAUCCUCGGCAAAACAUUCAUUUUAACCACUGCUAUCUUCCUAAAAAGGAAAAUUUCAUCCUCCCCAUAUUUCCAGAUCUUUCUUUAUUUUUUUCCAUGUAACUUCAUAAUUAUCUUUAUAUAGGUUUAUGUUUUUGCCGUAAUCCACACUCCCAAAUAUUUCACUUUUUUCACCACCAUGAUUUCCACUUUUUGUUCUAGAUCUUUCGUUUCUUCCUUAGUUAAAUUUUUAACCAGCAUUUUAGUUUUAUUCUUGUUUACCUUAAAACCUGCCACCUCUCCAAAUUCCUCAAUUUUUGUAAUGCUUCUUUUACACUAUCUUGUGGAUCUUCCAAAGUCAAAACAAUAUCGUCGGCAAAGGCUUUAAUUUUGAAUUCCUUCUUUCCUACUCUAAUUCCUUUCACUUCUGUUGCCUCCCUCAGUCUCUUAUUAAGUACUUCCAAAAUUACAAUAAAUAAUAAGGGGGACAGGGGGCAACCUUGUCUGGUCCCUUUAUAAAUGUUAAAAUAUUCUGUUGUAUUGUUAUUUAUCACCAGCUUUGCUUUUUGUUCUUUGUAUAUUGCUUCUAUGCCUCUUCUAAAUUUUACGCCAAUUCCCAUCCUUUCCAAAGCCUUCUUUAGGAAGUUCCAGGAAACAUUAUCAAAUGCCUUUUCGGCGUCUAUGAAAACCAGUGCGGCUUUUCUGUCUAUUUUCAUGUCCAGGUAUUCAAUAAUGUCAAUCAAAUUCCUUACAUUAUCCCGUAAUUGUCUCCCUGGGAGAAAUCCUGUUUGAUCACCAUGAAUUUUAUUAAUCAAGACCUUCUUUAAUCUUUCCGCCAUUAUGUCUGCAAAUAGCUUAUAAUCAUUAUUUAAUAAUGAGAUUGGCCUAUAGUUCUUUACUUCCAUAGUGUCCACCUCUUUUUUAGGGAUCAAUAUAACAUAGGCUUCCUUCCAGGUAUUAGGUAUCUUUCCUUCUCUCAAUAUAUUGUUCAUAACCUCUCCCAGCACUGGUGAUAUUUGGUUAAUUAAUGUUUUAUAAUAUUUGGCCGGAAGGCCAUCCGGUCCCAGCGCCUUCUCAGCUUUCAUCUUUUUAAUAGCCUUUUUAUCUCUUCCUGUGUUAUUAUCUCAUCUAGUGCUGCUCUUUCAUCUUCUACAAUUUGUUCCAGAUGGUGUUUUUGCAGAAAUUGAUCUAUUUCUUGUUCUGUUUCCUCUCCUCUUUUGUACAAAUCCUUAUAAUAUCUUUGGAAUAUUCUUUUUAUUUCUUUUGGUUCUUCCAUAAUCAUAUCUCCUUCUUUUAUUUUACUGAUCGUAUUCAACUUCUUCCUUUCUCUCAACUGCCACGCUAGAUAUUUCCCUAUCUUAUUUGCGGACUCAAAGUUCUUUUGAUUCAUCCUUUUAAUUUUCCACUCUAUCUCUUGGUUAAUUAUUGUAGCAAAUUUAGCUUGUAGUAUUUUUAAGUUCUGUUUUAAACUCUCUUCACUAGGGUUAACAGUUAAUUUUCUUUCAUUUUCCAUAAUCUGUGUUAAAAUCUGCUCUUUCUUUUUUUCUUUUUCUUUUCUUAAUUGGGUAUUUUUCUGAAUCAAAAAAACCCCUCAUGACCGCUUUUCCUGCGUCCCACACCAUCUCUAUGGAAGUUUCUCCAUUUAAAUUCCACCUAAAGUAUUCUUCAAUUGUUUCUAUAGCCUUAUUUACUAUCCUUUGAUCAUUGAAUAAAUAUUCAUUCAUUCUCCAUCUGGCUGUUUUAACCUCUCUACCUUUUAACUCCAUGGAAACCGCACUAUGAUCAGAAAAAGUUCUAGGCCAAAUUUCAGACUUAAUUAAAUUCUGUACCAAUUCCCUCGAGACCCAAAUACUGUCUAUCCUCCCCCAGCUCUGAUUCGGAUUUGAAAAAAAAAGUGAAUUGUUUUGCAGUAGGGUUUUUAAACCUCCAAACAUCCGUCAAUCCCAAAUUAUUUACCAUAUCGAAGAAAGAUCGUGGUAGUUUACCUUCUUUCCCAUCUUGUCUUUUUGUUAAUCUAUCCAUAUUCGGCGUCACCACCCCAUUAAGAUCUCCCAUCAAUAUCAAUUUCUGGUCCAUCCAUUCCAUUAGUAUAUUAUCUAAUUCCAAAAGAAAGCUGAUUUUUCUCAUUCGGGGCGUAUAUUCCAACCACAACUAUUUUUUUUUUCUCCAUGAAACACCAUCUGUACCACCACUACUCUCCCAUGUUCAUCUUUAUACAGUAGUUGCGGGUCAUAUUAUUCCUUUAUAUAAAUUACUACCCCUCUUUUCUUAACCUUGUCGGAGGUCACAAAGUCCAAUCCCAAUCUCUUAUUACUUAAUACUCUCUUGUGUUUUCCUAUAACAUGCGUUUCUUGAAGACAAAUUAAAUCCCAAUUCUUUUCAACAAUACAUGUGCAAUCUGAUUCCUCUUAUUUUUAUUGUUCAAACCAUUGACAUUCCAGCUUAUUGUUUUUAAAGCCAUCUAUUAAACUAUUCUAGCUAAUUUAACUAGAUUAAAUAGAGACUACUGUUCCUUGCUUUCCUCCUCUUGUUCUUCUCCUUCUCCUGUUAAGCUCUCCUCUUUUUCUUCUUCUUCACUCCCUUCACCCUCCUCGUCUCUCUGUCGUUCCUCCCUUUCCACCUCCCCUUCAACUUUUCCCAGGUCCUUCUCAUAUCUCCUCGCAAAUUUUGGAGUUCAAUACUGGUGCUUAAUUUAAACCUUUUUUCCUUAAAGUAGAAUGAAAUGCCUUCGGGAAACUCCCAUCUAUACAAUAUCCCAUUCUUCUUCAAUUGGUUUGUUAAUUUUUUUGUAUGGCUCUCUCCUUCGAAGAAAUCUCGAAGGAAUUUCUCUAAAGAUAAUAAUUGGGCUUCCUCCAAUAUAUAACCUUUUUAUGUGGUUCUGUUGCAGUAUUUUUUGCUUUCAGUGUAAAAAAUCCCCAGCUCAAGUCCCAUGGAAGUGUAUGAUCGACCUGAUAAAUGAAGACUAUAACUCUGGGAAAGGACUAGAGCUUUCAUGCCGAAGGACCAAAAUUCAGCCCCUAGCAUCUUCAAGUAAAAAGAUUUCAGGUAGCAGAUAUGGGGAACCCUCUCUGCCUCAGACUUCAUAGAGACACCACCAGUUGCCAUAGACAGUAUCAGGCAGCUUCAUUUUUUAAAAUUUUGUAUUAUGUAUUUAUUUCAAAUAGGUUUCAUAGAAAGCUGACAGUUUAAGCAAUGUGGCUCUUGUAUCACUCUCAAGUUCAUCUUUAAAAGCUGAAAUGACCUGUGUCUUUCUGCAGAACCAUGUAUAAUAACUACAGAAGAAAUGGAUCAUUAUAAUAUCCAGCUAAAGUGGAGAAGAAAUCAAAAAAUAUAUGCAGCAUCUGGCGACACAGCUGAAUUUUCCUGUAAAUCGGGUUAUAUACCACAACCGUCCUCCCCUCCCUUCAGAGCGCUUUGCACAGAAGGCAACCUGGAGUAUCCUCUCUGUGUGAUAAAGGUACAUGUAUUGAAACUCAAUCACAAGGGUAGAGAAUUUACCAUACAUAAAUUGUGGUUGUUUCCUCCCACCCCCAGUAACUGUGGUUUUUAGUGCUCUUAGGAAAGGAAGCAUAUUCAAAAUAGGUUGAUUUUGUGAUUAUCAGUCACCUUCAACCUUGUCAGAUUUAGCCCCUGCUUUCAAAUAAGACCAAAUUUUAAUUUGUCGUUGCAUAUAAUCAAUAUUUCCUUUUCUCUUUGUUUCUGAUUUUCUUCCUUUCUGCCCCUCAUACUCUGCCUCUUUCCAGUGGCAUAGGAAGGGGUGUGUGGGGUGUGGGGUCCGCCCCAGGUGUCAUCAAUGAGGGGGGUGACAAAAUGGCCAACUAGCUGGGAGGCAUGCACACUGCUUCCCCGGUGCCAGUGCUCAGUUCUGAGCUCGCUGUGCACCCGCCUCCUGGCACUACCGCCCUGAACUGGGAGUGGCUGUCACCGGCUUGGGGAGCCGUGGGGAGGGGGGGCGAAACCUGACUCCAUCCCACUGGAGAUAUGGGGUGGGGGUGAACUAAAAGUGGAACCUUCCACAGGAAAACACAACACACACAAACAGGCAGCCUGCAGCAGCGAGUGUCUUUCAAAACACAAGCAAAGCAACCGAGCCAGGUGACUUUUGUUUACGCCACGUCCCCACACCGAGCAGCUUUGCAAGGCUCAGAUCUGGGGAGGGGGGUGCCAGAAGGGGGCAACAACCUCCACUCGGGCUGGGGUCAGUGGCAGUGGGGGUUGGCUGCACAAUGCCUUAAUAAUAAUAAUAAUAAUAAUAAUAAUAAUUUAUUAUUUAUACCCCGCCCAUCUGGCUGGGCUUCCCCAGCCACUCUGGGAGGCUUCCAACAAAAUAUUAAAAUACUGUAAUGCAUCAAACAUUAAAAGCUUCCCUAAACAGGGCUGCCUUCAGAUGUCUUCUAAAAGUCUGGUAGUUGUUGUUCUCUUUGACAUCUGAUGGGAGGGCGUUCCACAGGGAGGGCACCACUACCGAGAAGGCCCUCUGCCUGGUUCCCUGUAACUUGGCUUCUCGCAGUGAGGGAACCACCAGAAGGCCCUCGGUGCAGGACCUCAGUGUCCGGGUAGAACGAUGGGGGUGGAGAUGCUCCUUCAGAUAUACUGGACCGAGGCCGUUUUGCCCCACCCUCGUUUGCCCCGCCCCCUUGCAGGGGGAGGUGCUAGCCCCCUCCCGCCCUGGGUGUGUUGGAGUCACGCUCCGCCGCUGCCUCUUUCUCACUUGCAGUCUCAUUCUCCCUAUAAUUCUUCUCUUUAAAAAUAUUAAAGGGAAAUAAGGUAACAGUGAUGGUAUCACUAAUGAGACCUGCUAUACUGGUAUUGAGUCCUAAGGUCAAAAGUUUCCAGUAAACUUUUAAAAAAGUAUUUCCCCCCCUAUCCACCUUUGCCUGUCUCUGUCAUCUGUGUGUACUUGGCCUGAGUGGAAAAUGUGCAAAUGCUAUGUUAAUUUGCCAAAUCUUCCCUGCCUGAAGCAAUUCUCACCUACUACAUGCAACCAUACAAAACGAAGGCGGUAUUUAGACGUCUGCCCCUCAAAACCCAUGCAUCUCCAUGAAUACACAGGAUAGCUCCUGAGAUAUUUGAUGCCACUGCCUUUCCGGCCAUUAUCAGCUUUGUAUCGUCACACACUCAUAGGCCCCAGAGAAAUAUUGCAGCGCUGUUAAACUACCAUUUAAUGUAAUGUGUGAACAGGCUCAUACUAGUGCAGGGUUUAGGACUCUGUGACCCUCCAGAGCACUGGUUAAGCUGUCUGAGGCUGAUGGAGUGUAACAAUUUCUGGAGUGCCACAGAUUAUCCAUGUUUCUACUGGUGUUUGCAUAUGGAACCAACCUAAUACCAUAAAUAUUUAGCAGAACUGUAUUUUGCUGCAGACCAUGAGGUAUCUAAUCAAUUGUUUUUAUAUUUGUUAGCCGCCCUGAGCCCGGUCUUGCCUGGGCAGGGUGGGGGUAUAAGCAAAAUUUAUUAUUAUUAUUAUUAUUAUUAUUAUCUGCAGAUAACAUGCAUACAACUUUCUCUUCUCACUGUUUACUUUGUAUUUAACAGGGGCGUUAAGAAGAAGCACUCUGUAGCCACGAGUUUUAUCAGAAGUCAUGGAUCUCCUAUUUCUAACCUGAUAGUAUCAAUAUGCUUUUGCAAAUAUAUGUAUCUUUUCUUAUUAUGUUCAUCAACCUCUGCUAGGCCCAAGGAACCAAUGAAUGCAGAAAGUCUCAGAUCAGACAUGAUAAACCAAAAAUGGAUGAUGGCAACAGAAAAGUCCGUCUUUGUGCAACCUGAACGUAACAAUGAAGGAAACAUACUUGAUAAGAGACUGAGAGGGCCUUAUGCAGGUAGCACAGCAGAUGGUGAAACUGGAACAUGCUGAUAUGGAAUGGGCCCUCAUAGCUUGAGUGUCUUGUGUGACAGUGGAAGCAAAACCAACUUGUGGGGACAUCAGUUACAUUUCCUCCAGGAAAGGUUCUGGUGCUGACCUGUUCCAACAUGUCAUAAAGGUCUCAUCUCAUCUUUGAGUGCUUCACUCAGGUUCACUCAGUAUAGUUGGGCUUCAACACCAUAAUCUCCACACACACACAUAUACACACACUUGGGUUCUGCUGAGGCUUAGCCUUGCUUGAUUUUUUUUCUUUCCCCCCAUUUCCUUUCUCUUCCUGUCUUCUGUUUCUGCAAUAUUGGAGAUGGGAGGAUCCCACUAUACCAGACUGAUAACAAUUGCAUUGUGCUGAAUGUAAUGCUAAGAUACUAUGCAGUGUGAACAGCUAGGAAGGAGAGGGUGCUUUCAAACAAGUUAAGAUGGGGGGAGUAUUAGAAGGAUGAAUUGUAGAGCUUGCAUAUAUAUGCAUACACACACACACACACACACACACACACACACACAGAGUGGUACCUCGGGUUACAGACGCUUCAGGUUACAGACUCCGCUAACCCAAAAAUAGUACCUCAGGUUAAGAACUUUGCUUCAGGAUGAGAACAGAAAUCAUGCGGCGGCGCGGCGGCAGCGGGAGGCUCCAUUAGUUAAAGUGUACCUCAGGUUAAGAACAGUUUCAGGUUAAGAAUGGACCUCCAGAACCCAAGGUACCGUUGUAUAUCUAUAUAUCUAUAUGGAUAUAUAGAUAUAUACAGAGAGAAAGCAAAGUGGGGUGUGUGCAUACUUGCCGAUUGUGAUUUUGUCAAUUGGUCAUACUCAGAGUAGACACAUUAAAAUUAAUGGACCUAUGUUGGCCAUAUCAAUUAAUUUCAAUGGAUCUGCUUGGAGCAGAAUUAAUUAAUUAAUAUCUCAUAUUAUUCACAUUGCAUUACCUUCUUUUUUUACACCGUACAGAGUGAUUCACAUUUAUGUUCCCACUUAUGUAGCCAUUGCUCACAUUAUCAUUUCUGUAUUCUCUGGUGUGUAUCAAUAAACCAUUCAUUUCAUUUCAGUUACAAUCUUCCAUCUCUGGUGAUGCUUCACACGCUUGGGUGGAAAUGUGAACCCAGAUGAAUCGUAAUUAUUCACAAAAUAUCACACUGAGCCUAAACUGGGGACUUGUUUCAUGGCUAUUGACAUACAGUAUAUACUUGAUUUGAAUGGAUUAUUAUUAUUACCGUAUUUACACAAAUCUAAUGUGCCAUUGAAUCUAAUGCACACCUCGAUUUUCAAAACCAAAGAAGUAUUUGCUGGCGAAUGUAAAAUGCGCCAUCUGAUCUAAUGCACACUCUAACUUUUGCAGUGCAAUUUGGCAAAAAAGGGUGCAUCAGCAGGAGCCCCAGAUAAGCUCAGCCGAUGCAGCUCUGCAGCUCUAAUCUUGCUGCCACUUUGCACCUCCCAGUAAGCAGCAGCAGCAAUGCUGGGAAGCUUUUGCUGUGGCUGCAUCCUAUUAGAUGUCAGGGACCAUGCUGAGGAGGGCUGCACUGAGGAGGAAUGGUGGAAGCCACCCCUCCCCCUGCUUCCGAUAUUGAUCCUGAAUCUUCCCAGGAACAGGAGGACAAUAUAGAUUUGGAGCAGUGGUUUGCAGAGGGGCAUAGUUCAGAAGGCAGAAGCUGGGAAAUACUGGAUGGGGAACAGCUAGCAGAAGAAACAGGGGUGUCUUAAGCAUAUGCAGUGCCAGGGUGCACAGAUCCGCCCACCCCCCCGGUUGCCCAAUCCCUGGCAUGCAGGAGGGCGGAGCCAGCUGGCUGCCUCAGCGUCUCGCUGGCUCGGUCACUCCUGAACUCGUGGCGCAGAGCUGCCCGCAGCAGAAGAGCCUGCCUCUGUGCUCCAACCAACAGGCAGGCUCCUCCCCGGACUCAACUCUCAGGCCCCAGACUCUCAGCCUGGCGCCCCUGAGAGCCCAGCACCCGGGUGCCCCACAUCCCUAGCACCUAUGGGUAAGACGGCCCUGAGAAGAAACACUAGAAGAGAGAGUUAACAGAUUCACAGUCUCUGGGAAGAAGAAGAGUUUGGAUCUGAUAUCCCGCUUUAUCACUACCCGAAGGAGUCUCAAAGCGGCUAACUUUCUCCUUUCCCUUCCUCCCCCACAACAAACAUUCUGUGAGGUGAGUGGGGCUGAGAGACUUCAGAGAAGUGUGACUGGCCCAAGGUCACCCAGCAGCUGCAUGUGGAGGAGCGGGGAAUCAAACCCGGUUCCCCAGAUUACGAGACUACCACUCUUAACCACUACACCACACUAGCAUUCCUCCGCCCAGCUCAAGGACAAGAAGAGCUGAUAAGGUAGCAGAACAGAAAGCAUAUAGGUUACGAGCUCAGAUUACAAGGACUGACGUCGAUUAAUAGGGACGGAGGGGGUGUAAGAUUAAUUGGGAGCACCACCAUUUUGGGUUGACGCUUUCUUUUGUCCUUCGCUGUGUUUAUUAAAGAAACUAACUGGUACGAAUUCUUUUCAUUUGAUCUGCUCAUUUACGGCCACGGGGGAGGAAGCUGAUUCCCCGAAACCUGACAUUAGAUGAGCUGCUGCUGCUACGAACAUUUUGCAUACUGUUCCCAGCAAAGCACUUCCACUAGUGCAUGGAGUUUCAGUGACAAAAUGGAACUUCCCCUCACUCUUCUGGCCCUGCCUGUCCCCUAAACGUGCCCCCAACCCUCCAGAACAGAUGGUAGGCAUGCAGGGAAAGGGGAAGGUGGAGAAGCUCCAUCAAGCAAGCACAAAUUACACUAGUUGAAGCACUUUACUGGAUCCUGUCUAGACCUCCCAGACUUUUAAUGUUGGUGACACACUUUUUAGACAUGCAACAUUUUGUGACGUGGUAAUUCAACUGUUGGGACGUGGGUGGCACUGUGGGUUAAACCACAUAGCCUAGGACUUGCCGAUCAGAAGGUCAGCGGUUCGAAUCCCUGUGACAGGGUGAGCUCCUGUUGCUCGGUCCCAGCUCCUGCCGACCUAGCAGUUCGAAAGCACCUCAAAGUGCAAGUAGAUAAAUAGGUAAACUCCAGCGGGAAGGUAAACUGUGUUUCUGUGCACUGCUCUGGUUCGCCAGAAGCGGCUUUGUCAUGCUGGCCACAUGACCCGGAAGCUGUACGCCGGCUCCCUCGGCCAGUAAAGCGAGAUGAGCGCCGCAACCCCAGAGUUGGUCACGACUGGACCUAAUGGUCAGGGGUCCCUUUACCUUUUACCUUUAAUUCAACUGUGCAAAUCUAGCAGAGGUUAAACUAACCACUUUCCAGCCCUGGGAGGAGCGCAGGGAGCAUUCACGCGACACAACUACACACUGCAGCCAACACACUAAACUGUUGCAACGCACAGUUUGGAAAGCUCUGGUCUAGACCCUAGCAAUGCAGUUCCAAUGCAUAUCUACUCAGAGGUACUUAAUGGAUUUUUAUUAGAUAGGUGGGGGACAGACAGAAUGUCUUUCCAAAAGUUUUACUUGUUGAUUAUGUAAGUCUGCUUUUAAGAUAUUCCUCCUGUUGCUUAAUUAUGUGCUAUUGUAUGAUUGUGUUCAUUUAAUUAUUAUUUUUUUAAAAAAUGUGAUUAAAUUAAGUUAUUCAGUUCUGCUUCAUCUUUUGUGUUUAAAGCUGUCUUAAGCAUGCUUUCAGUAAUAAAUUAACAUUUUUUU